AUGUCGGCAGAUGGAACUAAUGUCGAUGCUUCUAUGAAUAAAGAAGCGUCCAAGGAAAGCACCAGCGAAUCACCUGGGGAUCAAAAUGACGGCGUCCCUGGUGCCAGUAGCGUUGUAGCAGAGAGUGCUGCUGAUACUGAUACUGCUGAUGCCCAACUUGACGAAAAUGUCAAGUCCAUGGAUGAUAAUAAUAACAAGGCAUCUAAAGGCGAUGAUACAGCUUCUGAAGCUCCAAGUGAAUCCAAGGACGCAGAUGCGUCUUCUACCAAAAAGGAAGCGGAACUCUCCACCUACAGCACCCGUGGUCGCAGCAGCAAUGAUCCAGACUUCGACAGUCGAGUCGCUCGUGAAGCACUUGAGGAAAUUGGUCGCAAAGAAUCCAGUUCGACAACUUCUCUAGGAGCCUCCUUUCUGGAAUCUCUCAGUGAGGAGGAGCGUCGAUCCCGUACCCGGUAUCUUCCGGAAGUGGACGGAAUGCAUUCCUUGCGCAAAUUGGAAAUCAAGGAAGAUUUGCAUUUGGCGCGAGCUCUUCUUGCUUCUGCAAGUUCUAUAACGGGAAAAAAGAAAAAGAGGGGCAGCCGCAACGAUGAAGGCGCCAUGGAUGUGGAUGGAGGUGGUGUCCUUUCUCCCGAUGAAGAUAUUUCAGAAACCCCUCGAUCUGGGCACAUUGUAGAAAUGAGAUCCCGAGAUUUGAUCAUUCCGUGUCAAGCCUUUGUGGCACCACCUGGUGUCAUGGUCGAUGAAGAGGGUGGAACCAGUCCUGUUCCACCUAAGAAUGGCGUUCAAUCUCCUUUGGAGGUCGACAGCGUCACUGCCUUCAACCCUCCAAGACCUCCUGAAUCCAUUGGUGCCAAGAAGAAGCACCGUAUGUUGCGAUGGGAACGUCGGCCUGAAGAUGUCGAAAGUGACCUCAACAACUAUCGCAAGACGGUCCAAAGAACUCGCCAAGAGUUGCAAAAUGCCGAAACUGAAUACGGGCGCCUUCAGACUGUAGAUGCACAUUUGCGUUGGCACUUUUUGAAUCACCUGAAUUUGUUGAAUGAUGAAUAUGUGCGAUUGAAUGGUGAAAUGGGAUUGGUCCAACAAGAGUGUAUCAAGGCUGCCGAUCUAGUUGCCUCUCGGACCCGCAGUCGGGGUGCCGGCAAGGGUAGCUACGUCAUGAGAGAUGUUUUGAAUGUUUUGAAACAACGUCAAACUGAGAAUCCGGAUGAAAUGCAAACGGACAUUAACGAAGCAGCUGUACAGUCAUUACUUCCAGCCAUUGUUCCUGGCAUUGGUGGGGUUCCCUUUGCGACUCUCAAAGAUUUCAAAAACGAUACCACCAUUGAAAUGAACAAACCUGCAAAUGCAUGGAUUGUAGCUGGUGACAAGGUUGAGACUCCCUAUGGAAAGGGAGAGGUCGUCGCUGUUCGUGCUGCUUCUGUGGAUCGUACGAGCGGAAAGGCUUCUUCUAAGAAUUCGGCAGGAGGCGAGGAUCCAAGCAAUGCUGAUUCCUCAAAGCCGGGUGAAAAGUUGGAAGAGUACAAGCCGGCAGCGAUCUUGCCACCUGUUAUAUCCGUUCGAUUGCCCUUUGGAACUGGUCACUUCACCAUGUCACAAAUCAAAGUCCUAGAGUCUCCAGCUUCCUUUACGGAUAAGCAGUUGGCCAAGCGAUGGGAAAGCAUGGUCGAGACGGCUAUGGAUGUCGGUGGGGCCCUCGAUGUGGGAGCCAUGUCAUCGCUGGAUGUUGUACCAGCCGAAGAAGAGAUUGAUGAAGACGCGGUCAUGGACGUGGAUAGACCUGCGGCUUCGAACGAUGAAGAGAAUAACGACGCCUUGGACGACGAGGAUGCACGAUUCCUACCAUUUGGAUCUGGUCUCAUGCCAACAGCCUAUGGGCGGGGUGUUUUCCUUGCUACCAUGCCUUUGGAAGAGCUUGAGAAGGAAAUUCACCACGCACUUCAUGAUGGAGAAGGAGUUCUUGGAAGACCAACGAACCCUGGAGUACCAGAUGACAUCAAGGAGUGGGAGAAACAACAACAAGAGUUCCUUACUCUGAAGGCAGAAUCUUUACACCUUCGGAAUAAUUUGUUUCGGCAACGACGAAUUCGAUUGUUGAACACGCGAACUAGGGAUUCGGCUGUCGACCGCUACGAAAGGGCCGAGUCCCUAGUAGCGGAAAUGAGAGUCGACUUGAAGAGUCUCAUUGGUCGCCUCGACACAGACCUUAAGGAAUUGGGAAUCAAUGAAGAUAUGGCAGAGAAAAUUCUUGCUGACUUUUACCGUGGAGAAGACGAAGAGGAAGGGGAAGCUUCGCCAUUGAAGCGUCAACGCCGAUCGACAAGAACCGACGAGGAAAUUGAUGGUGAUGUGAUUGCGUACCGAGAAGGAGCAAGCGAUCGAGAAUCGUUUGAAGAUCUUUCUGGCGACGAAAUGGAAGCUCAUCGUGCCAAGAAGAUUCGUCCUAGUCAGUAG